CUCCUAGUUCUCUUUCAAUAUGUUUGAUCACCCCAUCCCUCGGGUUUUCCAGAACCGCUUCUCAACCCAGUACCGCUGCUUCUCGGUAUCCAUGCUUGCUGGACCUAAUGACAGGUCAGAUGUGGAGAAAGGCGGGAAGAUAAUUAUGCCACCAUCGGCUUUGGAUCAACUCAGCCGACUUAAUAUUACUUACCCGAUGCUGUUUAAGCUGACAAAUAAAAAUUCAGACCGAAUGACGCACUGUGGAGUGCUUGAAUUUGUGGCUGAUGAGGGCAUAUGUUACCUUCCACACUGGAUGAUGCAGAACUUGCUGCUGGAAGAGGGAGGCCUGGUGCAAGUGGAGAGUGUUAAUCUUCAAGUUGCUACUUACUCAAAAUUUCAGCCACAGAGUCCAGAUUUUCUUGACAUCACCAAUCCCAAAGCUGUAUUAGAAAAUGCAUUGAGAAACUUUGCUUGCCUAACUACUGGGGAUGUUAUUGCCAUCAACUACAAUGAAAAGAUCUAUGAGCUUCGGGUAAUGGAGACCAAACCGGAUAAGGCUGUGUCCAUCAUAGAAUGUGACAUGAAUGUGGAUUUUGAUGCUCCUUUGGGGUACAAAGAACCAGAAAGAAGUGCACAGCAUGAAGAGACCACAGAUGUUGAAGCAGACCAUAGUGGAUAUGUGAGUGACAUAGGAUUUCGUGCAUUCUCUGGUUCUGGGAACAGAUUGGAUGGCAAGAAGAAAGGUGUUGAGCCUAGUCCAUCCCCAAUUAAACCAGGAGACAUUCGAAGAGGAAUACCCAACUAUGACUUCAAGAUCGGUAGAAUCACAUUCAUUAGAAACUCACGUCCACUAGUUAAGAAAGUUGAAGAGGAUGAAUCUGGAAGCCGGUUUAUUGCCUUUUCAGGAGAAGGCCAGUCCCUGCGCAAAAAGGGAAGAAAACCCUAAGUUGUGGUACCUUUAGUCAGUUAGGAGGAAAAUAAAAUAACAAUUGCAGCA